GAAAGAUUCCAGCUUGAUGAGAAAUCCUGUCCUAAUUUAUCGGAGGCGGCCUAUCAUUCACUUUUGUGACUUGUUAGCAAGGAAAUGCUUCCUAAAAUGGGCUGAUGUUUUAAUGGCAUUCAAUGGCCUCCUUCCCAAAACGGCUUCUAUAAAAGUGGAGGCCAGGUGAAAGCACACUUACUUUAUCAAAGGGAGCGCUAGCCGACUUCUGCCGUCUUCUCCAGCUUUUCUGGGUCGGCAAGGGCAUAAAGAAAUGUGUGACGAGGAAGAGACCACUGCUCUGGUGUGCGACAAUGGCUCAGGACUCUGUAAAGCCGGCUUUGCUGGAGAUGAUGCUCCCAGGGCUGUCUUUCCCUCCAUCGUGGGUCGUCCCCGCCACCAGGGUGUCAUGGUCGGGAUGGGACAGAAAGACAGUUACGUAGGAGACGAAGCCCAGAGUAAAAGAGGUAUUCUCACUCUGAAAUACCCCAUCGAGCACGGCAUUAUCACCAACUGGGACGACAUGGAGAAGAUCUGGCACCAUUCCUUCUACAAUGAGCUCCGCGUGGCCCCAGAAGAACAUCCAGUACUGCUGACUGAAGCCCCUCUAAACCCAAAAGCCAACAGAGAGAAAAUGACACAGAUUAUGUUUGAGACCUUCAAUGUUCCAGCAAUGUAUGUAGCAAUCCAGGCUGUGCUUUCUCUGUAUGCCUCCGGUCGUACCACUGGUAUUGUGUUGGACUCUGGAGAUGGAGUGACCCACAAUGUGCCCAUUUAUGAAGGCUAUGCCCUUCCUCAUGCUAUCAUGAGAUUGGAUCUUGCUGGCAGGGACUUGACCGACUAUCUCAUGAAAAUUCUCACAGAGAGAGGCUAUUCUUUUGUCACCACAGCGGAGCGUGAGAUUGUCCGUGACAUUAAGGAGAAGCUCUGCUACGUGGCCCUGGACUUUGAGAACGAAAUGGCAACUGCAGCCUCCUCCUCCUCCCUGGAGAAGAGCUACGAGCUGCCCGACGGCCAGGUCAUCACUAUUGGAAAUGAGAGGUUUCGCUGCCCUGAGACUCUCUUCCAGCCGUCCUUCAUUGGUAUGGAAUCUGCAGGUAUUCAUGAGACCACAUACAAUGGCAUCAUGAAAUGUGAUAUUGACAUUCGAAAGGAUCUCUAUGCCAACAAUGUGCUGUCUGGUGGAACUACAAUGUACCCAGGCAUCGGUGAUCGAAUGCAGAAAGAGAUAACAGCCUUGGCUCCAAGUACUAUGAAAAUCAAGAUGAUUGCCCCUCCUGAGCGCAAGUACUCCGUCUGGAUCGGGGGGUCCAUCUUGGCCUCUCUCUCCACCUUCCAACAGAUGUGGAUCAGCAAAGAUGAAUAUGAAGAAGCUGGUCCUUCUAUCGUCCAUCGGAAAUGUUUUUAAGGUGUCUCUUUUCAUGGCUAAAUAUACCCUCGCUGAAGUUCUGGUCUCAAGCAAUUUUAUUUUAUGUUUCUAAAAGUUGUGGCCUCACAAAAUGUUACGUAAACAGGGGUCAAUUACUGAUAACUCUUUGGUCAAAGUGGUUAUUCUCCAGCAGUGUUGUGUUCAGAAUCUGACAAAUUGCAUGUCUCCCACAGUAAAUUAUAGUUUUAAAAAUGAAUGUUGCAUUGCAUCUCUUUUGUAACAGCCCUGGCUGGAACUCCACAUAAAGCUGAAAAAGCUUUACAGUAUAUUGGAUAGAGAGACAGCCUUUUCUGAUAAACUGGAUUAUUAAUGUACUACAUAAAAGGAGCUGCUUGUUUUUCAGGAACAAAGCUUUAAUGAAGCAGAUCAAGGCUCUCCUGGACUGGAGGUUUUCUUCUGGGUUUACUGUCAUCAAUCCUGGAUAAAGAUCAUGUUAAUCUAAGAUCUUAACCUAAUAGUAUUAGUAUUAAAUAAAACACAGUAAAGGUAGCCAUCAUGAGGAGGUCAUUUGGACCAUCUAGCUCCUUUGGUUACUAGCAGCCACCUGAUGCAAAGAAAACUAAGCUUUAAAAGGAUCUUUAAAAGGAUGUUUUAGGUGUUCAGCUUCAGCAACAUGGCUGGGUAACUUGUUCCGAACAGUGUUAGUAAUAGUCUCCAUGCUGUAUGCCAGAAUCAGGGCAGUAGUUAUAGAAAACACAUUGAAAAUGAUCAUCUCAAGGUUUCCUCACUUUGAUUACUUGCAGUACAUGGUGCUUCUGAGCUCUUGUGUGCCAUGGGGAUAUACAGUACACUGGUCCCAUUGUCUUUAUCACUUCAUACAUGUCUUACCUGACACCAUAUGAAUAAAUUAUAUUAAUCAUUUCAGUAAUGUGGAAGAAAAGGCAUAUUAUAACCUCCAAAUGACCCAAAACCCUCCAUUUUAUCUAGAUUUCUGAUUCUUUUUUUAGCUACAGUGUGAUUUCUCAUGAAUGCACAUUUUACUUGCACAAAUCACUUGCAGAUCCUCCCCUUUUGUUUGUACUUCUUUAAACAGGGACUUUAAGGCAGAUAAAUCUCUGAAGCCAAAGUUCCAUUAAGCCACAUUUACAUUAAGCAGUGUUUGUAAAAUGCUUUCAUAAAUCUGGUAAACCACAGACUGGUAAAAUUAAGCUUUUGAACUAAUGACAAUACCCUUUAUAUUGUGGAACAUGUGCUGUGCUAUUAAACCUAUGGUCCCAUUCAAGCAGUUGCCCACCAAGCAUCUAAAGUGUACAAAACAAAUAAAUUACCUUUCAGCCACAUGAUUAAAUCCUUAUAACAUUG